CAUUUUAAUGUACAUAGGUAGUCUCAAAUUUUAUAUACUAUUCGUAGAAGGCCAGGAUCUGAGUCACAGCCCUGUUUCUUUCCUCCUGUAAAUGAGUCACUGAGCCUAAAAGUUUCAAUCAUCCUCUUUGUAGAUGAAAUAUCAUAACAGAUACUAGUAUGAUUGUUAGGAUGAUUAAUUGCAAAUGUACGAAGUCCUUUUUAACAUAGUAAUUAUUUCUUAUUAUUCCUGAUAGACACGUCACAGCCAUAAGCUGGCUAACUACCCAGAAAAAUGAGUAGGAUUACCUCGUACAUUUCUUUUCCCAUCAUAAUGCUUUUCUUCCGAUUUGACCAGGGCCUUGCCAAAGUCACAUCCAGUAAGUGGCAGAAGCAGAACUUAAGACCCACAGUUUGGCUUCCAAAGAACCACAGUGAGUAUUUCUCAUGCUCAGACAAGAAAUUGCAGCCCUACAGCCCAGGCACGUGGGCCUCAGGGAACCCCCCAGCCUCCAUGCUGCCUUUCCUGGCCACCCUCUUCUUCCUUCACUCUUGCUUCCUCCGAGCAAAUGGCCACCUCCGCGAAGGAAUGAUGUUGCUGAAGACUGAGUUUGCACUCCGCCUCUACCAGAGCGUGGCUGCAUGUAGAAAUGACACGAACUUUGUCAUCUCUCCCACCGGUGUGUCCCUCCCCUUGGAGAUCCUGCAGUUUGGAGCUGAAGGGAGCACCGGCCAGCAGCUGGCAGAUGCCCUGGGGUACACCAUCCAUGACCAAAGGGUGAAAGAUUUCUUGCAUGCUGCUUAUGCCACACUACCCACCUUCAGGCAAGGUGGUGAGAUGGAGCUGGCCUGCAGCCUUUUUGUGCAAAUGGGAACACCGCUGUCCCCCUGCUUUGUGGAGCAGGUCUCCUGGUGGGCCAAUAGCAGCCUGGAGCCAGUCGACCUCGGUGAGCCCAACAGCACCACCAUCCAGGCCAGCGAAGGGACCUCUGGACAGGCUGCAGGUGAAGGCCCCAGUGAGGGCCCUCGUGGCUGGCCGUGGGAGCACGUCGGUGCAGCAUUUGCUCAGCUGGUGCUUGUGAGCACCAUGUCUUUCCAAGGCACUUGGCGGAAGCGAUUCUCCUCCACAGACACGCAGAUCCUGCCUUUCACCUGUGCCCGCGGCCUUGUCCUUCAGGUGCCCAUGAUGCACCAAAUGGCCGAGGUCAACUAUGGUCAGUUCCAGGACCCUGCAGGCCAUCAGGUGGGGGUGCUGGAGCUGCCUUACCUGGGAAGUGCAGUGAGUCUGUUCCUGGUGCUGCCCCGUGACAAAGACAUCCCCCUGAGCCACAUUGAGCCACACCUCACUGCCAGCACCAUCCACCUCUGGACCACCAGCCUGAGGAGAGCCAGGAUGGAUGUGUUCCUGCCCAGGUUUAGAAUCCAAAGUCAAUUCAACUUAAAAAGCAUUUUAAAUUCUUGGGGAGUCACCGAUCUUUUUGAUCCACUCAAAGCUAACUUGAAAGGAAUUUCAGGCCAAGAUGGGUUUUAUGUUUCUGAAGCGAUCCACAAGGCCAAGAUUGAAGUUUUGGAGGAAGGCACCAAGGCAUCUGGAGCCACAGCUCUGUUGUUAUUGAAAAGGUCUCGGAUUCCUAUUUUUAAAGCAGAUCGGCCAUUCAUCUAUUUCCUGAGAGAACCUAACACAGGUAUUAUAGUAUUUUUUGACAGGAUUCAGAUAAUUAUUUAUCAUUGUCUCUCUAGCAACAAGGGCUCAUUUGUCCACUGUCCCCUAAAAUAA